CACUGUUAUGGCGGCGUCCAUACAGCAGAAAUGACAUCUAACUACAGAUUUAAUGAGCUUCUGUUGAUUUUUGCCUCCACAUUCUGCCUUACAUGUCGGCACAUUGAAUGAACACAGCGGUGGCCGUACAUGUCUUAUUGAGUGCGUUUCUCCUUGUUAUUUACUAAAAAGUAAAAUUUUCUAUAAGAAAAGCUGCUAUGAAGCGGAUAUCAGCCCUGAUUGGCAGGACUGCAUCAUCCUGUUGGCACUAUGGGAAUCCAACUCCAACCCUGUUGCCUGCCUGGGCACCUGUACCCCCAUACACCUGUCUACAAAUCCGGCACCUGGCUGCAAAACAGAAUAAAGGCAAUUUUAAAGGUCAGAAGAUCAAACCGAAACUAGAGAAACAGCAGAAGCAGGAGGUGGAGAUCAAACAAAGAAUGACUGUGUCUGAACUCGCCAAAGCCAUGAAUAAAGACAUCAAUCAUGUCUAUGAGGCCCUGCUAAACACAGAAGUAGAUCUGGAUGAGUUGGAGCCCGAAACAUUGCUGGAGGAGAAAUGGAUUAAAGAAGCUGUGAAGAGAUCCGGCAUGAAGCACAAAUGGGCCAAACUGGUUGAAACCAAAGUCAGAGAAAACAAAGACAUCCAAAGACAACCUCCUCCAGAUCCUGCUCAGUUAGUCGCUCGUCCUCCAGUGGUGACCAUCAUGGGUCACGUUGACCACGGAAAAACCACACUGCUGGACAGUCUCAGGAAGAGUCAGAUUGCUGCUCAGGAGGCAGGGGGAAUCACGCAGCACAUCGGGGCUUUUCGGGUUCAGCUGCCCUCGGGUGAGAAGAUCACUUUUCUGGACACACCUGGACAUGCAGCGUUUUAUGCCAUACGGGCACGUGGAGCCAUGGUCACGGAUAUAGUCAUCCUGGUAGUUGCUGCUGACGACGGUGUGAUGAAACAGACAAUUGAGUCCAUACAGCAUGCCAAAAAAUCCAAAGUGCCAAUCAUUGUUGCCGUGAAUAAAUGUGAUAAACCUCACACCGACCCUCAUCGUGUUAAAGAAGAGCUUUUAGCCCAUGAUGUGGUCUGCGAAGAGUUUGGAGGAGACAUUCAGGCCAUUCAUGUGUCCGCAUUAAAGGGGGACAAUUUGUUAGAGCUGGCUGAAGCCACAGUGACACUAGCAGAGGUUCUAGAGCUGAAGGCCGACCCCACAGGACUGGUAGAAGGAACAGUUAUAGAGAGCCGCACUGACAAAGGCAAAGGGCCUGUUACUACAGCGAUCAUCCAGCGUGGCACCUUGAGGAAGGGCUGUACACUAGUGGCGGGAAAGUGCUGGGCUAAAGUGCGCUUCAUGUUUGAUGAGUAUAAUCAAUUGAUGACUGAGGCCGGGCCUAGCAUUGCUGUGGAGAUUGUGGGCUGGAAAGAUCUUCCUUCAGCUGGUGAGGAGAUACUGGAGGUGGAAUCAGAGCAAAGGGCUCGUGAGGUGGUGGAGUGGCGCAGCUACAUGGAAGAGCAGGACAAGUUGAAAGAGGACCAGCAGGCCAUUGAAGCCAAGCAGAGAGAGCAUCAAGAAGGCUAUAAGAAGGAGAGGGAGAGCAUGGCCCAUCUGACCUGGAAAAAGAGAAGGGCGGUCAUGUACCGAGCCAACAAACACAAACACGCCCACAGGGUCAGUGAGAAAAUAGAAACCGAGGAACUCAUGCUGCCCGUCAUCAUCAAAGGCGAUGUGGACGGCUCAGUGGAGGCCAUUUUAAACAUUCUGGAAAGUUACGACGCUGAUGACCAGUGCCAGUUAGAUGUGGUGCAUUUUGGUGUGGGAGACAUCUCAGAGUAUGACAUUAACAUGGCAGAGACUUUUUCAGGUACCAUAUAUGGGUUUAAUGUAGCUGCAAAUAAAUCGGUUCAGCAAAUGGCUGCUAAGAAUGGAAUUCCCUUAAGAUUACACAAAGUCAUCUACAAACUAAUAGAUGAACUGAAAGAGGAUCUGAGCAGUAAACUGCCCCCAACCACAAAGGAAAAUAUCAUUGGUGAGGCCUCGGUUCUGGCGAUGUUUUAUGUGACACUGGGGAAAAAGAAGAUUCCAGUGGCUGGCUGUAGAGUUCAGAAGGGUCAACUGGACAGAAAGAUGAAAUUCAGGCUCAUCCGCGGCAGAGAUGUUCUCUGGGAAGGUUCUGUAACAACACUGAAACAUCUUAAGGAAGAUGUGUUGACAGUAAAGACCGGCAUGGAAUGUGGUCUUUCUCUGGAUAAUGAAGAUUUUGAAUUCAAACCCGGGGAUGAAAUAGUUUGUUACAGUGAAUCUGAGACAAAAAAUAAAAUAUCUUGGGAUCCUGGAUUUUAAGGGACAGAUGCAUAAGUAUACUAUGGUACAAUUAAGCUGACAUUAGUAUAAAAUAAAAAAACUCAAAUCACUGCUACCAACACCAUAACAAAUAUAACCAUAACAUCUACAGCAGUUGAACAUCUGUAUUUUGAUUCAACUCUCUAAAUAGAUGUACAUAAUCUUAUUUAAAUAAACAAGUGAGAAGAAGAGUUCCCAUGUUUUAAUUGCCUUAGUUGUACAAUUAAAUCUGAAAAUGAUCAACAUUUA